UGGGCGUCAACUCGACAGCCCACCUCAGCCUGCCGGCCACCAGCUGACACAUGCAGGCAGCCGAGUGCAUGGCACGUUACAAAGCUGAGGAGCUGAAAAGCUGAAAGGCUGAAAGGCUGCCUAGCUCCCGUCUCAUCAUCUCCACACAGUCCAUGACAUCCUGACAACCUCAGUCUCUACUCCCCUUCUUGUGACGACCGAAAAUGGCACGCCCGCUGCGUCGCGAAGACUACACGGUAGGAUGGGUGUGCGCGCUGCCUGUCGAGCUGGCGGCAGCGCAGGAGAUGCUCGACGAGGAGCACGACACGCCCCCAUACGACGCCCACGACACGAACCUCUACACCUGCGGACGCGUCGGCGAACACAAUGUCGUGGUCGCCUGUCUGCCUGAAGGGCAAACGGGCACCAACUCGGCUGCAGCGGUCGCUGUGCAGAUGAAGUCGACCUUUCCGUCGACGAAAAUUGGCCUGAUGGUGGGCAUUGGCGGCGGCGUUCCGAGCGAGGAUGCAGACGUCCGGCUCGGAGACGUGGUGGUGAGCAAGCCGCACAAGACGCACGGCGGAGUGGUGCAGUACGACUCGGGCAAGGCUACGCCGAGCGGGUUCGAGCGCACGGGAGCGCUUAACACCCCGCCGAUGGUGCUGCUAAACGCAGUCGCGAACCUGCGGGCCAAGCAGAUGAGAGGGAGGGGCAGGCUGCUGGAGUACCUGUCCAAGCUCGACAGUUUGCCAGACUUUAGCCGUGAAGCUGCCGGCUCAGAUACUCUUUUUGAGGCGGAGUACGACCACGUAGAAAGAGAAGCAACGUGCGGGAAGUGCAGCACAGAGCGCGCAGUUGCUCGGGAGGCACGGAGACACGAGGUGGUUGUGCACCAUGGAACUAUAGCGUCGGGCAACCAGGUAAUGCGGAGCGCUGCCGAGAGAGACAGGGUCAGCGCAGAGCUGGGUGGGGUGCUGUGCUUCGAGAUGGAGGCGGCGGGGCUGAUGAACAGCUUCCCGUGUCUCGUCGUGCGCGGCAUCUGCGACUACGCCGACUCGCACAAGAACAAGCGGUGGCAGGCGUACGCGGCGGGGACGGCAGCAGCGUACGCGAAGGAGGUGCUGUCGGCGAUACCGCCAGCUGAUGUAGCGAAGUUGCGCACUGCAGAUGAGGUUGUGCAAAGUCAUGGCAGCAAACAGCUCCAGAUUGCCCCAGCAGGAUAUUACGAUUAUGGGCCAGUCAUGGCUGGGAAUGUAUUGCAGGGUCAAUAGAUUAAGGGGGGAACAAACAGAUGGAAUUUCAGUUAGUUAGUCGAACGCGAUUAUGCAUAGUAUACAACUACAUGAUGUCACUGCACCGA